AUUUGUUGAAUGAAUUUGUUGGAAAUCAAUUAGAUCAAUGACCGGGUACUAUGACUAUUUGCGAAUACUUAAGUGCGUCGAUCCCCGACCUUCUCAAUUUUUAACAACAGCAGAGUUGGGCAAUAUCUCAAUCUCAAGUCAUCGAACAUCUUCUUCCUCGCUAAAUAUCUUCCUUGGCUAUGUCUACCGCCAGAGAAGCCUCUUUUUUGAAGAUGUGCGGCCAUAAAUUAUCCGUUGCUCAAAUCUUCCUUAUCGCUGCACCGGCUUUCUUCCUCUUCGGUUAUAACCAAUCCGGGGUCGGUGGUCUCUUGUCCCUUCAAGACUGGACUAAACACUUCCCUCAAAUAGACACUGUUCACACGAAGGGCGAAGUUAAAUCAAAGAAUUCAACUCUCCAGGGCUUCGUUGUUGCCACCUUCACCAUUGGCACCCUAUUCGGAGCUCUAUCAUGUUCCCGCAUCGGCGAUAUUUUCGGUCGCCGUAAGAUGAUCUUCGGUGCCGCUACACUCUCGCUCAUCGGCGAGGUCUUACAAUGUACAUCUUUCGGUCUCGCACAAUUCAUCGUCGGUAGAGUCAUACUUGGUCUCGGUAUCCGAGUUCUCAGCGCCACUGUCCCCGUUUGGCAAUCCGAAUGUUCCCCUGCCAAAAAUCGUGGAAAACACGUCGUCCUCGAUGGUCUUUUUAUCAGUUUUGGUUAUAUGACAGCGGCAUGGGUUAACCUUGGUUUUUUUCAGCUUAAGCCCGGUCCAAUUCAAUGGCGAUUACUGUUAGCUAUUCCAACACUUCUAUCUAUCCUUCUCAUGUCUACGACCUUCUUCCUUCCCGAGUCCCCGAGAUGGCUUGUUCGUCAAAAUCGUCUCCAAGAAGCAGCAUACGCUUUAUCAGCUCUUCAAGGCCUCCCUAGUGACUCAGACUCGGUUAGACAUGAGAUUGAUGCUAUUUCAUACACCCUCGAAUCCUCCCGCGACACUGCCAAAUUCCAAGACAUCUUCACAAUGGGUCAUGAGAAACUAUUCUACCGCUUCAUGCUCUGCUUCUUUCUCCAAUUCGCCCAGCAGAUGAGCGGUGGGAACCUUAUCUCCGUUUAUUCGACAAUUAUAUUUCAAGAAAACCUCGGUCUUUCCAGUCAAGUCUCCCGCAUCCUCUCCGGUGGAACCUUAACAUGGAAAUUCCUCUCUUGCUUCGUUGCAUUCUUCACCGUCGACAGGUUUGGUCGCAGGGCAUUGUUGAUGGUUAGUGGCGGUGGAAUGGCUCUGUGCAUGAUGAGCCUCUGCAUCGCAACUUCGUUCCCCGAAACCAACAAAUCUGCAUCCGUAGCGGCGGUGUUUUUCAUCUUCAUGUUUAAUUUCUUUAUCCCGAUUGGAUUCUUGGGAGCGAACUUUUUGUACUGCACAGAGGUAGCACCUAUCAGGUUGCGUAUGGCCAUGACUUCUGUCUCUACUGCCAAUCACUGGCCCUGGUAUCUUGUGGUCACACUUCUAACACCAGUCGCAAUUAACAGCAUUGGUUUUCGCUACUAAAUCGUCUACACUUGUAUCGGCAUGGUUAUCCCCAUCUCAAUAUUCGUAUUCUACCCUGAAACAAUGGGACGUAGUCUUGAAGAACUGGAAGAUAUCUUCCGCUCUAACGAGUCUAUUUUCAAGAUCGUUUUUGCAUCGAGACACGCGCCGAUUAAAGGUGCGCCCACUGUUGAGGAUGAUAAGUUGGAUAUAAGUGAGGAGUUGGUUGAGGUCGUAAAAGGAGUCUAAGAGGUUGAAUAUAUAACAGACGAGGAUGAAGUGGCAAGGAGAAAUGACAAACACCAGACAGUGGUCAUAAAUAGCAGUGUUGCCUGAAUAGGGA